GCAGCAUCAGACUUCAAAUUACAAAACUAUCGACCAUCAGAGAAAGCCAUUACAUCAUCUCAUUAUUCCUACUCAGAUCAAGACAACACAACAUGGAUGAAGAGUAUGACUACAUCGUCCUUGGUACGGGUUUAACUGAAUGUAUCUUGUCUGGUCUACUAUCUGUAGAUGGGAAGAAGGUCCUCCAUAUGGACAGAAAUGACUAUUACGGCGCGGAAUCUGCCUCGCUCAAUCUCACCCAGCUCUACCGCAAGUUCAGGCCUGGUCAAGAACCUCCCAAAGAGUUGGGGAGAGACCGUGAUUGGGCCAUUGACUUGAUCCCUAAGUUCAUGAUGUUCAACGGUGAGCUCACCAAUAUCCUAGCACAUACCGAUGUCACUCGCUACCUCGAGUUCAAGCAGAUCGCCGGCUCCUAUGUAUUGGCAGCCGGAAAGGUAGCAAAGGUUCCUUCUACUGAAGUCGAAGCCAUCACAUCUCCCUUGAUGGGCAUUUUUGAGAAGAGGAGGGCCAAAAAGUUUUUCGAGUGGGUAGCAAACUACAAACCCAACGACCCUUCCACUCACAGCGGUAUUGAUCUUGACAAGACAUCCAUGCAGGAUGUUUUUGCCAAAUUUUCUCUCGAGCCUGCUACAGUGGACUUCAUCGGUCAUGCUAUGGCCCUCCACUCGGAAGACUCGUACAAGACCAAACCAGCAAGAGAUACUUACGAUCGAAUCAUGCUUUACACAACCUCCGUCACUCGUCACGGAAAGUCCCCUUUCAUCUACCCUCUCUAUGGUUUAGGCGAAUUACCUCAAGGUUUUGCGCGGUUGUCCGCCAUCUACGGUGGAACUUACAUGUUGGAUAAGCCAAUUGAUGAGAUUGUUUAUGACGCUGAUGGAAAGGUUUGCGGUGUGAGGAGUGGGGAAGAGACAGUGAAGGCCAAGAAGGUCAUUGGUGAUCCUAGUUAUUUCCUUAACGGUAAAACCGAGCAGGUCAUGGAAGAAGGCAAGGUGGUCCGAUCCAUUUGCCUUUUGAAGCACCCUAUCCCCAACACAGACGAGAGUGAUUCUCUCCAACUCGUCGUUCCACAAGCUCAGAUCGGUCGUAAACACGACAUCUAUAUUGCCGCUAUCUCUUCGACCCAUAAUGUUUGCGCUAAGGAUUACUACGUGGCUAUCGUCUCUACAAUCGUUGAGACCUCUACCCCUGAACUAGAACUGGAACCAGCUUACAAACUUUUGGGCCCUAUCCAUGACAAAUUUGUAACCGUCAGUCCGAUCUACGUUCCUGCUGCUUCCGGUCAACAGAACAAUGUUUUUAUUACUCGGUCGUAUGAUGCCACGAGCCAUUUCGAAACUGUCACCGACGACGUAAAGGACGUCUGGCGCCGAGCCGUUGGAGGUGAAAUCGUGCUCAAGAAGCGUGAAGCAGGUGAUGGUGGUAUUGAAGCACAGGCUUGAUGAAACCUUUGGUCGCUGCGAUUAAAAGUGGUCACUCCAGACGUGCUCUUGAAUUUCAAAAUAACUUGUUGUACAUCCCACCUUCUCUUUCUUAUUAAAGUAGCAAAUUUGGGUAUGGUGAAAUUGUCUGAUGGGCUUGAGAUGCUACACAAUUGGCUUUCACUGAUCCAUUGAACAAACAUUUAAGUUCCGCUACCUCUGGCCAUCAC